UUUGCUCAGGUAAUUAUUCUGUUCUUAAGUGUCUCCGCCACUUUAGCUGAAGAAAAGAAGACCACAAAACGUGGUGUCUUUGGAGAAUCUCUCGGCUGGGGUGCGGGAGGCACAGGACAAGGUUACGGAUCCGGAUCAGGAUGGAACUUAGGUCAUGGUAACAAUGGAGGAAGUAUUUCCUUAGGCUCCGGUCUUGGUUCGGGAUUAAACUCUGGAAUCGGUUCUGGAUUUGGCUCAGGCAUCGGUUCUGGAUUAGGCUCCGGAAUCGGUUCUGGAUUUGGUUCUGGACUUGGCUCUGGUAUCGGUUCUGGAUUAGGCUCCGGAAUCGGUUCUGGAUUUGGUUCUGGACUUGGCUCUGGUUCAACAAACAUUGGAUCUGGCAUUGUUAAUGGAGCAAUCGAUUUGGGCUCUUCUGUCUCAAAUCACGUUACUGUAACUAAACAAGUAGGGAUUCCAGUUCCACAGCCUUACCCCGUUACUGUUGAAAGGAAAGUACCAGUUCCAGUACCUCAUCCAGUACCGGUUCCAGUAGAUCGUCCGUACCCAGUCCACGUACCAAAACCUUACCCAGUUACUGUUGAGAAACGUAUUCCAGUAACGAUUGAGAAACACGUACCAGUACCUGUUAAAGUACCAGUUAAAGUACCCGUACCAGUGCCAUAUAAAGUAGCAGUACCGCAACCUUACCCAGUACACAUCACCAAACAUGUACCAGUUCCCGUACAUACACCUGUUAUAGUUAAAAAACCAGUACCGGUUUUAGUGAAUAAUGGAUGGAAUGGUGGUUCAUCUGGAUGGUCCGGUUCCUCCGGUUGGUCUGGCUCGUUAGGAGGAUAUGGCUCUCCAGGAUGGUCUGGUAAUAAGGGAUGGUCUGGUUCUUCAUGGUAA